AUGGACGAGCAACUCGCUUUUCUCCGACAUCCACCUAGCUCAGGCCCACUCCCUCUAGCAUGUUCGUUCAGAAGCAAAAGCGGGGAAGUAGAGUUGAACUACUGGCCUGCUAAGAGAGGAUGCGAAUCACCACCAGAUCGUCUCAUCCUUUUCAUCCUAGGUAAUCCCGGUUUGUUGGGCUACUACCCACCUUUCCUAACCCACCUUCAUUCCCUCCUUCCUCCCUCUCACGCUAUCCUAGCUACAUCUCACAUAGGUCACUCCACUAUCAUCCCCGGACCCAAAGAACCAUUAGAUCUGCCUCCGCAGCUGGAGAGCAAAAUCGACCUGGUUCACUCUCUUCGAAAAUAUCUGGACGACUGGUCAAGCGGAAAUGGGGAAACCGGCGAAAAGCCCAAAUUGAGCUUGAUGGGUCAUUCGGUCGGCGCAUGGUUAUCGUGUGAAGUGAUGAAAUCGCUCAACACGAGUCCGAACCAAGACCAAUGGCCUGUCCAAAGUGGGUACCUGUUAUUUCCGACUUUGGGCUGGAUAAGUAAUACAUGGAAUGGAUGGACUUUAUGGCCAAUAUUCCAUAGACCCUUCAAACCCCUCCUUCCCUUUCUCUCACCCCUCGUCCGACCCAUACUGCCUUACACAUCCUUACCAAUCACAUCGAUCUCCCUGGUCGGCUCUCCAGAAAUCAUCAGACACGUCUUACACCUCUCACGAUCGGAGAUGGACCUCAUCCGAGAUCCAGAUAUAGAAUGGUACAAAUCGCAAAAUUUGGAAGAUCAGCAGAGAGGGUUAUUUGGGAUAUGGGCCAAAGGGAAUUUAGAUGGUUGGGUGGGUAAAGAUGGACCCUUAGUCCAAGAUGCUUUGGGUGGAGAAGAGAGUGGUAGGGCGAGAUUGUUGGACGGUGUACCGCAUGCUUUCUGUCUCACACAAGAAAACUCAGAACUGGUAGCUGAAGUGGUAGCGAACUGGAUAGACCCCUCAUCGUCUCGUGGACCUAUUGACUCCCCCACAAUACACCCGAAAGAACCCCUUGGAGCGGACAUGAUGCCUAUGUAG